AAGAAACCCGUCAAGCUGGCUCCGUCUACGACGGACUCCACUACAGAACUUCCUUUACAACCCGGUCCGGUCCGCAGAUACAUAUCGACAACGCUGGGGCCGCAGACAAUGGCCAAUCGCCGUGUUUCCUCGGGUAAGGAGAUGGGGCUCGUUGUGCUGUUGGCGCUGUUCAGCGCCGUGAUUCGGCUCCGCAGCCUCGAUUUCCCCGACUCGGUGGUGUUCGACGAGGUGCAUUUUGGCGGAUUCGCGAGAAAAUACAUUCUGGGCCGCUUUUUCAUGGACGUCCAUCCUCCUCUGGCCAAGCUGUUAUUUGCGGCGGUGGGUGCCCUUGGGGGAUUUAAUGGCAAGUUUGAAUUUGCCGAAAUCGGCGACAAGUUCCCCGACGACGUGCCGUAUGUUCUCAUGAGACAGAUGAGCGCCUUGUUGAGCGUCGGCACCGUGGUCCUCAUGUACUUGACUCUCAGGACCACCGGCUGCAAGCCACUGGUUUCCUUCCUGACGUCGUCGUUGCUGGUGCUCGAGAGUGCGAAUGCCACCAUCUCGCGUUUUAUUCUGCUCGACUCGCCGCUGCUCUUCUUCAUUGCCGCCGCCACCUACGCCAGCUCCAAGCUCAACAUUGAAACUCCAUUCACUCUCAACUGGUGGAAAUCUUUGGUGCUGACCGGCGUCGGUCUGGGCCUUGCCUCGUCCUCCAAAUGGGUCGGCUUCUUUACUGUUGCGUGGGUGGGCGUCUGCUGUGCGAUCAAGCUCUGGUUCGCGGUCGGAGACCUCAGACUGUCGGCCAAAAACAUCGCCUCUCAGACCGUCACCAAGUUAACGGUCCUGCUUGGACUUCCGGCCAUCAUCUACCUGGCUUCAUUUGCCAUCCAUCUCUCGUUGCUGCCCUACGAGGGUGACGGGGCUGCGUUCCUGUCAUCUGCGUUCAGAACUUCGUUCAAAGACACUACUGUUCCCAAAACCACUCUCGCAGACGUUGGUAUCGGCUCUGUCGUCACCUUGAGACACGUGAAUACCAAUGGCGGAUACCUACACUCCCACAACCAUCUGUACGAAGGAGGCUCUGGGCAACAGCAGAUCACGCUGUACCCACACCUUGACGACAACAACAAGUGGCUUGUUGAGCUGUACAAUGCUACCGAGGAGCCAACAGCUUUCGAGCCGCUGACCGACGGAACCAAGAUCAGACUGAAGCAUUUGUUGACACACAGAAGACUGCACUCUCACGAUAUCCGACCAUCUGUUUCUGAGAUUGAUUGGCAAAACGAGGCCUCGUGCUACGGGUACGAGGGCUUUGAAGGCGACCCGAACGACGACUUUAUUGUCGAGAUCGUUAAAGACAAGUCUGUUCCGGGAAAAGCGCAGGAGACGGUCAAGGCCAUAGACACCAUUUUCAGGCUCAGACACGCCAUGACUGGCUGCUAUCUGUUCUCGCACGAGACCAAGCUGCCUAAAUGGGGCUUCGAACAACAGGAGGUCACGUGCGCAGGCCAGGGAAUCAAGCCGCUCUCGUACUGGUACAUUGAGCAGAACGAGAACCGGUUCCUGGACCCAGCGACUGCAGAGAAGGUUUCCUACAAGGAGCUGUCUUUCCUGCAAAAAAUGGCAGAGCUGCACAGCAGAAUGUGGAAGAUCAACAGGGGGCUUAAGGCACCCCAUGCGUUCGAGUCGAGACCGGAGUCAUGGCCAUUUUUGCAGCGCGGCAUCUCGUACUGGAAACAGGGCGACAGACAGGUGUACUUGCUUGGAAACCCUAUUGUUUGGUGGCUGUCGUCGUUUUUGUUUGUUCCCUUCGGCCUUUUCGUCGUCUACCACGUGCUGAGAUGGCAGCUGGGCUACCCGCUUCCAGAAAGCUCUGUUGUUUUCAACUACUCUCUCAACACAUUGCAAUUUCUUCUGGGCUGGUUCAUCCACUACUAUCCUUCGUUCCUCAUGGACAGACAACUGUUUUUGCACCAUUAUCUGCCUGCCCUAUACUUUGGCAUUUUGACCUUGGGCCAGUCGUUUGAGGUGAUCUACUCUGCCGUGUUGAAAAAGAGAAAAUCCGUGGCUAUCGUGCUGUUCCUUGCUGUCUUUGCAGCCGCUGCCCAUAUGUUUGUGAAGAGAUCGCCGAUCGUGUACGGCUCCUCAUGGACCAAGUCGGCCUGCGAGGCGGCCAGGAUGCUCAACUGGGACUUCGACUGCAGAAUCUAUCCAGAAGAGCUGCCGCAGACAGCCGGCCUCAAAGAUGAGCUCUAGGUAUAUAAAAGAUAAAACACGUCAAUAUUUGUUCAUUAGACACAAAUGCAUUUAGUGCGAGUCCGACUCGUCAAUGAGCGUCCGCAGCUGGCGGAUGUCGGCUGGCCCCGUGCGACAGCACCCGCCCACAAUGCCCACGCGCUUGUACUGCAGACACUGCUUCACGGCCUCGACAAAAUGGCUCGGCUCGCCCGACCAUGUCUUUGUCGUGUCGUCGUACACCUCGCCGGAGUUCGGAUACAGCACGAUUCGCGCGUUUCGCAGGUUCUGCGAGUUCGAGAGCUGACGGUCGAGCUCUUCCACCACUGGCAAAGCCACCCUUACACCGCAGCAGUUGACACCGACGGCGACGAGAUUGCGGUCGUAAUGGCUGUCUAGCCAGCUGACGACGUGGGCGAGCGGCGUGCCGUCAACGAGCGCCGUCUCGCGCACGCUGAGACUCAGAUACCACGGUUUUUCUUGUGUGCUGGCCAGCUCCGCCAGAACCCUUAUUUCCUGGAAUGACGGAAUGGUUUCAAGCGCCAGAACAUCCACGUCGGACGAUUGGGCAAGAAAACGAAAGCGACCUUCGUGGAACGCGCGCAACUGUGCGUCGGUAACAGAGCCGUAGUUCCCCGUGUAUUCGGACCCGUCAGCAAGAUACGCACCGUAAGGCCCUAUCGAGCCGGCGAUCUUGACGCCGGCAUCGCCCUCGUACUCGCGUCGUGCCUGUGCACAGAGGCCUACAGCUUGUGUGUACACCGCAUGUGGGUCCUGGUGGUUUUGCUCAAUGUUGGCGUCGCACAGCUGAUAUGUUGCCGUUAACACAAUAUUGGCACCGCUCCGCAUGUAGUCGAGAUGAAUCGCCCUGACCGUGUCUGCGGAGUCCAGUACUGCGCGGCCGGACCACAGGCAACCCGAGACGUCGACGCCGCGCUUCUCAAGUUCGGUCCCUAGCGCUCCGUCCAGAAGCAGCAUGGA